UAUAACAUCUCUGACCUGCAUUUUGACCCCCCCUACCAUGUGACUGAUGAAUACACCAAAGUGUUCUCCUCUAAGGGUGUCCCAGCCUCAAACCCUGGUCUUUUUGGAAACUUCAUGUGUGACUCUCCAGCUCAUCCUGUCAGCUUCCAGCACAUGAAACAAGUUGCUCCACAGCCAGAGUUUAUGAUCUGGACAAGAGACAGCCAUCCACAUGUCCCAUCAGGGGAGCUGUCCACAGACGUGGUGAUCCAAGUCAUCAGCAACAUGACUCAAACCAUCAGGGAGUUCCUCCUAGACAUGCCGGUGUACCCCGCCCUCAGGAACCACGACAACUGGCCCCAGGUUGUCAUUUCUCAUGUUCCAGUGGGUUACUUGCCCUAUGCCAGGAACACCAAGGCCGUCAGAGAACUCUACAGUGAGAGACUUGUGAAGAUAAUUCGCAACUACAGGGAGAUCAUCUCAGGGCAUUUCUAUGGCCACACUCACAGAGACAGCAUAAUGUUCUUGCAGGAUCAGCAAGUGUUAUCCUGA